CGCACCAAGAGACGAGUCUUGCUCUUCCAAGUUUAGAGAUAUCGUCAUGCCACCCACGCGUCGCGCACCCCCUGGCAAAGCCCGCCCGCCUACAAAACGCCCGUCCAAGCUUGCGAAAGAGAAUGGAUUGACGGCCGACCAAGAAGCGGAGAUACGUGAAGCCUUUGGACUCUUUGCUGUGCACCAUCCGGAUCAUGAGGACUCAAAAGAGGGCGUACUGCGCAAGGACGAUGUGCGCCGGUGUUUGAUCUCGUUGAACCUCCCACCCAGCAAGUCGGACGUAUCGUCUAUUCUCUCCACAAUCGAUCCGCUCGAUACGGGAUUUGUAGAGUUCAUCCCGUUCCUUUCCUACGCCGCGAUCGCGAUGCAUACAAAGGAACAAGGAUCUGAUGAAGAGGAUGAGUAUGAGGAGUUUCGGGAAGAGAGCAAUGCAGAGGAAGUAAGCGCAGCGUACAGGCUCUUCACACACGGCGGCACGGGACCGAUUACUCUUGCGCAUCUGAAGAGGGUGGCCAAAGAGCUAAGAGAGGAUGUGCCAGACGACGUCUUGAAGGAUAUGAUCCUCGAAGCAAAUGGCGGGGUCAAGGGCAAAGGAAGGGAUGUUGGAGGUGUGAGCCUCGAGGACUUCGAGAGCGUGAUGAAGAGAGCUGGGCUUUCGUUUGGAUGAAGUGAUGGAUUUGAGAAACACAGGCCAACCUGCCCACAUGUCUAACGUCCUUGUUGACCGCUUGUCUUACGACAAGUCGAAGUCCGCUGUUUAUGGAGCGCGACAAAGAGUCUUUUGUAAGGGCAUUCGAGUCUCACGCACUCUCCAUUCGGAACUGGUAAAGCCUGAAUCGCAACCCAGUCCUUCGCGCGAUCUGGAGUGGCCCGCAACGAGUUGCCGUGGAAUUUGGUGGAACUCGCGCGAUCUAGGAAGAAGAGUCGAUAGAUACGUCAUGAUAUUUAAGUUAUGCAAUCCUCUC